AUGGCGACGAAGCUAGUUGAAGGAUACGGAGCUAUAUUGAAAGAAAAUGUCAAAGCUGGGGCACAAAUUAAGUUUGAUUUAGAAUGGAUAUUGAACCAGAAUGAAAUGUGUAUUUUUAAUCGAUAUAUGCAAGGCGGUGCUAAUGUAGAUAUUCUUUUCUAUGGAAUGUUACCUUUAUUGUCACGGUUUGCUCAAUCAUCGAUAUAUGCAUCAAUGUUUGAACAAUCAAAACCAUUAAAUUUGUAUAGUAUUAUAGUUGGACCACCAGGUAUAAUGUGCAAUAUUCUUUUGUUGCUCAUCAGCUGCUUUUUGUAUUUAGCAAGCUACAGUGCGUGUGGAAAUACAAAAAAUAGCAGAAACGAAAAUGAUAUAUGCCUAUCUUUUAGUCUUACCACAUAAAAGCUUCUAACUGAAUGGGUUCUUAAUCUCUUGGUAGUCUCUAUCACUUAACAGUUGUCAGAUUGAGCUUACCUAUAAUUUCAAAACGCUCCUUUAUUGUGAUGCAGGUUGUGGAAAAUCACCAAAUUUGAAUCAUUUAAUAAUAG